CAGUAUUUCUGAAAUACACUCCCCACACACAUUAAAAUCUUAGCGCCGCUAAUUAUUCCAUUCCACUUCUCUACCUCUUGCAAAUUUCAGCAAAAUGGUCAUCUUAUUUGGGAGGAGGGUGGACUUUACCAAGAUCGUGACAAUUGUCCUGUUGGUCGCAAUUGUGCAUCGUUUGUCUCUGCUUCUUUACGAUACCGCGCCUACUCUUCAAACCUAUCUGGAAUACCAUCCUGAUCGAGGUUAUGGUGUUUUGUAUGCUUCUUCUUGGCGAACUUUGACCCAAUCAUUAAAAGAUGCUAGGCCAGCGAUUGGUUCAUUUUCCGGCUUUGACCCUCCUCCUGGCUCGGUCGUCAAUCCUCAAGAUACAGUACCACCUGUGGUUGAUAUGGCCCAUCUAAGUAAAGGUGAAUUGAAGUUACUCAAAUCAUCCCACGCUCGAUUCGUAAAAGAUCUUCAAACGGAAGGUGAACUAAGCGUUAUAUAUAAACCAGGAACAAAAGGAAUCAUCUUCACUGCUACAGGCGGAGAAUUGCCAUAUUUGCUCAUCUCUAUCCGUCUAUUACGCAAAGCAGGAUCACAACUUCCCAUUGAAGUUUUUCUUCUUCGACAACAAGAUUUCAACAAAAAGAUUUGUUUAGAAAUCUUUAAUUCCCUCAACGCACGCUGCUCAAUCUUGGAAGAACAUCUGGGAAGCAGUCCCAUGCCCUCAAUUCCGCAAUCAAGAAAUCCACGCUCUAUUCGAUCACAAGAAGCUCUACAUAAAUUAUUGGCAAUUUAUGCAUCUACUUUUGAAGAUGUUUUGUUACUUGAUCCGAGUACCCUAGCCUACAAUAAUCCCGACAGCACAUUGAUCGAUAAUCCAUUCACUCUGUCCGGCUUGUUAUUUUGGCCAGACUUUUGGGCUUCCAGUAUAUCGCCCGCAAUGGAAGACAUUCAACAAAAUUCAGACGAAAAGAUGACAAAGUUGGACUCUAUUCGAACUGUUGAUUUUGGACAACUAGCAAUUUCCAAAUCUCAACACCGAGACACACUUUUACUGUCAAUCUUUUAUACAUUUUAUGGUCCUAAUCUAUUCGAAUUUCUACAAAACCAAAGUUCGGCUGGAGAUAGAGGAGCGCAAGCGAUUAAAUGUGCAGCAAGAUUCGCUAGAAAGAGGUAUUAUCAGGUCAAAAGACAAGUAGAAGCAAUCGGGUUUCCCAAUCACGAUCAAAAAGAUGCUUUCCAAGGAGUAGCUAUGCGACAAUCUUUUGUUGCAGAUGACUUCAAUGCAGUUCCUAGCGAAAAGCAAAGGCCCCUCUUUAUCCGACAGAGUAAUCCUACUCUACAUCCGGCUUACAUCAUGGAUCGUGGUGUAACAGUAUUCAAAGCGCCCGAAGAUCAAAAGAAUGCGAUUGAGGAGCACGAUUCGAUAAAUGAUUCUGAUCCGAUCAGAAUUCCUGCAAUCUCUCCAAUCAAAGAGGAUGCAGGAGCUCAUCAUCGUUUAUGGGAAUGGUUUGACGGAAAGAAUAUGUUGAAUGGAUGGGCAAAUUUUGAUCCUGAAAAAGUUGUAUGGGAAGAAAUUGCAAAAGUUGCUUGCAUUGAUUUCAAGCACUUUCCCGAUUGGCCUAUCAAUGAUAACAAAGGGAAUGCUCAAAAUUGCGCACGCAUCAAUUAUCAUCGUGGCCGUUUAGGCUGGUCAAAUGUGGUGUAGGGCGAAGACUAUUCGAAUAUUAAUG